AUGGACGAACUCAUACCGGUAAUCAACAAGCUUCAAGAUGUGUUUUCCACAGUCGAUGAGGACAUACUGCAACUGCCUCAGAUCACUGUUGUAGGUGCACAGUCCAGUGGCAAAAGUUCCGUUCUGGAGAACAUAGAACUGGCAUCGUAA